AUGUCGUCGGCGAAGGACCUCCUCGAGUUUCCCGACGUCGAGGCGAAGCUCCAAAAACCCUCCAAGCAAUCCGCCUUCGAGAAACAGAGAGCCGAAGCCGAAGCGAAGAAGGCCCGCGAGGCUGCCGAAACAGCCGCAGUAUACCAAGACUUUGUCAAGAGCUUCGAUCACGACGAUGAAGAUAACGCGAGCACCGGCCGAUUCGGCUCCAUGCCUUCACAAAGACCCCCUCCGAAGGCCCCUGGCUUUGGCGGCGCGCCGCUGGGCGCGGCCCCAGUAUCCAAACGACACUUUGGCGCAUCCGCUCUGAAGAGUGGUCCGGGAAGCCUGGGUCCCGUUCCUAGCUUGAAGAGUGGCCCAGGGAGCUUAGGGCCUCCGCCAGGGUCCUUUGGAAGGAAGAGAGGGUUCGACGCAUUCCGACAGGAGAAAGACAGAGACGGCAGGCUUGGAUUCGAGGAGCGGGAGGAACCCAUGUCAGUUGCAAAGGUCUUCAGUAACAGCGACGAUGAGGACGAAGGAAACUCGGACUCGAGAGCAGAGGAGAUGGCGGUAGCCAGGCCGACGUUACGUCUAUCGCAGCUACCACCAGGGACGUCACCCGCCUUCAUCAAAUCGCUGAUCCCAACGAGCCUGACGGUCGAUAAUGUCAAGAUUCUCCCGCCCGUGGGACCCUCUGGCGCGGAGAGGAAAUGCGCUGUGGCCAUCGUCACAUUGUCGCAGGACACUCCAGCAACGGAUAUUGACGCAGCAGUCAGCUCGCUUCAAAAUCGCUACCUUGGCUACGGCUUCAAUCUUUCACUACACCGGCAUCUCUCCUCAGCUGUAGCGACUGCCACGGCAUCUACUCUCGGUGGUACAUCUGCCGGAUCCCAGCCUUUCGGCGCCAAACCCGUAUCGCAGCAGACGGCACCGGGCAAUGCGACGACGCAACAUGCUUUCCACCGAGGCUUUGCACCACCGACUUCUUAUGGGCCAACCCUCGGAGGACCCAUCAACCGAAGCAGCAUCCUCCAUGUACCAGUCAAACCGCCAAACGACGUCAAGAUGGUCCAGCUUAUCAACAAGACAAUUGAGUCCGUCCUCGAACAUGGCGUGGAGUUCGAGGCGCUACUGAUGAGCCGCCCUGAGGUUCAGCGUGAAGAGAAGUGGGCUUGGAUUUGGGAUGCCCGUAGCGAGGGGGGGAGAUAUUUGCCGCUAUUUGACGGUAGUCACGCGUGGAAAGCUCCGGAAAAGGGCCUACCGUACGAGUUCGUCACCAACGUUGACGAAUUCGUGUCCGACUCAGAGUACAACUCUUCAGACGACGAAGACUUUGACGGAGACAACCGCGAGAACCAGAAUCAAGGCCCCGAGACAGAGGCCACCUUCUUGAACCCUCUCGACAAAGCCAAACUGACCCACCUCUUGUCUCGCCUGCCCACCACGUUGUCAAAGAUUCGAAAAGGGGACAUCGCUCGAGUCACGACCUUUGCUCUUACACACGCGAGUCGAGGUGCCGAAGAGGUUGUCGACAUGAUUGUCUCGAAUGUCGAGAAGCCCUUUGCGCUAACAGCGGCCAACCCGGAGUUUCAGUCAAACACCAAAGAGAAGGGCAGGCAAGGAGACGAGUCCGAACUACCUGUGCCCGAGCCGGAAGAGAAAGCCGAUAAGGAGGGCCCCGACACUAGCGGCGCAAGCCUUGUGGGCCUAUACGUUGUCAGCGACGUACUGUCCGCCUCUUCAAGUAGCGGCAUACAGCGCGCUUGGCGAUAUCGGCAGGUCUUUGAAGGGGUGCUCAAAGAGCGCAAGACCUUUGAGGGCCUUGGCCUGAUGGCGGAGAGACUGAAUUGGGGCCGAAUGCGGGCUGAAAAGUGGAAGCGGAGCGUCGGUCUCGUCCUCGGCCUUUGGGAGGGCUGGUGCGUGUCCCCGACGGAGAGCCAGGAGCUGUUUGCCAGCAGUUUUGACAACCCGCCUUCCAUGAAGACACAAGAGCAAAUGGAAGAUGAUGCAGCGAAGAAGGGCAGGUGGAAGACGGUUGAGACCUCGACGCCAAGUGCCGAUGUUGCCACCGCCAGUACCUCUGAGCAAAAAACAUUAGAGCGGACGUCGGCUGACAAAGAUGACGAUGUCGAAGGUGAGCCAAUGGACGAAGAAGACGUUGCUGGCGAACCCAUGGAGGAGGACGAUGUCAUGGGUGAGCCAAUGAGCGAGGAGGACGUAGAGGGAGAGCCCAUGGGAGACGACGAUGUCGAAGGGGAGCCAAUGGAGGAGGAUGCGAACGAAACGGCAAAGAAUCAGCCAGCCCCGGCCGAGCCCGGUAAGGUGGGAGUAGCAGAGGAUGCGGAUGCUGGCGAAACACACACAAUCGGACAGCUCCAGCUACCAACCAAGGCGAAGGCCCAGACCAGGAAACGAAUGAGAGCGGUGGAUAUGUUCGCCGACUCUGGAGACUCGGAUGAGGGCAAGUAG